CUAGCUGUACAAUCUGCUCGUGGUAUCGAGAAACACUUGCACUGGGCAAGUGAGUACAGUUCAGUGCAGUUUAUUGACGAGUCCUUGCAAGUGAUAUGAAGAGCUUUUUUUAACCAUGAUAACAUCACGAGGAUUGAAUUUGCUAAGAACUGCCUACAUAAAUAGUCAAACGAAGGUUCCCGCACAGAAUUUGGGUUUCGUUAGAUUAGGUCAUCAUGCAGUAAGUUAUCGUAAACUUCCUCCAGAAGAUAAGAAGUGGGCAUGGGCUGCAGAAUUUCUUGGAGGUGUUAUGUGGUGGUGGGUGUUAUGGCACUUCUGGCACGAUUGGGGUCACCUUGUCAAAACACAGCCAUGCUCAGCGGUGGAACAGCACAGAGGCGAUCGCGGAGACGGUACCGAAAAGCCUCCGCUCUAUUUCCCUCAACCAGAAGAUGAAUACCCAUCGAAGCCCGACUAUUCGAUGGGGCCACUCGACCCGUGGGCCACGGGCAAACUAACUUGCUCUCCUAAAGGCGGGAUCACAGGUUUGAGACCCGUGGCAAAUCGAUAUUCCAUCACUCGCUGUGGACCGAGUGAAUGGCGGGCGCAUAAUUCGAGUGUCUUUCAGCAAUCGAACGAGAAAAUCUGCGACGCUCAAGUCAUGAUGAGCGGUGUGAAACGAUACGUGGACCAAGCAUACAAAACAGCCGACCAAGUGCAGUUGGAGACGACGGAAAAAUUAAAAGACCGAGCUAACGUGGUGUACCACUGGAAAGCAGAAUUGGAAAACGCGAUUUCCACUAUUACGGAAGAAAUGGAAUUGUUGGAGGCUGAACGUCGUCGAGUGAAACGAUCUUUAUCGGUACUGACCAUACCCGCAUCUAUCGCAGGCGAGUUCUUGCAGUUACGCUCUUCUCGCUUGGAGUCGGAUCUCGUCCGCGACGAGGUCGAGGAGCAACUCACCAAGGAAAUAGCGCUCUGCUCGGAAGUGCAAAACGUACUGGAGAGCAACUGCGAACAGAUUGAGACGCAAAUGAUUGAAUUGAAGGCUGCGAAGGCGCGGCUGGAAAGUGAUUGGUCCAAUAAAAUUCACGCGUACAAAGUGGACUCCGUGUGUGUGAAUUUAUCUAACGACUCGCCGCUCCUGUUGUGGAAGGCUGGAGCUACGAGAUUUCCGGCCGAUCAAUCAACUCCCACGAGUUACGAUCACUUCACGCAAGACGCAUUAGCCGCUGGAGAUGCCGCUAGACAAAGCUCGAUGCAGUUAAGGACAACGCUAAAAACGAUAUGCGAUAGUUCCAUUAAAGAGUUACGUGAUCAAGCGGCUUGCGUCGAUAUCGCGCUCGCGACAAAAGUGAAUCUCACGCAGGAGUGCCUUCAGCAAUUGGAGAACGAGUUACUUCGCUGUUUGCGUGAACUGGCAAGUGCGGAGAAACUGAUCGAGGCACUUCGGGACUCGGCAAAAGGAUUGGACAAUUCGACAAAACUGGCGCAAACGAGAUUAGACGACCGAUUACAUCGACGCAACGUUGAAAGCUGUCGAGAUGCAGCUCAAUUUGCGCUUGUUGAAGAAGUGAAAUUGCUUGGUGAACGCACGUCAGGUAUGCUAGCGGAAUUAAAACGCGCCGAGGAGUCCCAGGCGGAAUUGGUGAGGACAAGAGGCAACCUUGAACAUGAAAUCAUGGUGAAACGGAAGACUUUAUGCAUAGACAAAGAACGAGGCCAACUACUGCGCUCAUUUUUUCCUUCUGCCACAGAUUUAUCUGGAUUUUAACUGGAUUAACAAUUUUCAUUGUAAUUUAUAAAAUUCAACAUAUCAAUC